CCUCCUCUCUCCCUCUCUCUCUCUCUUCCUCGCUCCUCUUUCUGUCAGGCCACAGCAAUGGAUAAUCAUCCUACACCUCUCCUCGCCUUCAUGCUUCUGAAUUCCUUCUCCUCCAAAUUUUGCUAUAUUUUAAUCCUCAAAUUAUUCAUAAAUCUCAAUUUUGUGUAAAAAACUUCCCUAGGUAGGAAGUCGUUUCCAGCCCGCCGCAGUGUGACUGAAACCAAAAGGCAACAACUAACACGCGGCCACACUUGAAUGCGCUUCCUUUGCUUGCCCUGGCAACAUUCUACUGUCCUGCCUUCAACCCCACCCCAUUUCUUUCACAAGGCCCCCUCUUCUUCCUCCCCUCUCAAUAGUUCUUACUUUUUAAAACCUCGCCCUGACUCUACAUGCCUAUCUCUCACUUUACCUGAUCCUAUCAUUCACUCAGUGUUCCUGUGAAUAUACAGCCUCAUCUACAUUAAUCAAUCAUAUGCACGGGAUUGCCCAAAAACGGUAAAAUACGAUUCUGAAAAACGACACUCCAUCUCCCUCUAUGACCCCGGCAAACAUCCCGUCGUUUUAGCUUCCCUGUCUCCCAUAUUAUCGAACACACGACUCGCCGUUUGCUUCCCCUCCCAUCGUUGUCAACGACCGUCUCUCCCUUAAACUGCUCUGCUUCCUUUGCACAUCUUCACACAAUAAAGCCGGCACCUUAUUUUCCACCGAAUGUGCCAAGCAACUACCGCAACAAUCCCCUGAACAAUAAAUUCCGGCGAUGUUGCCGGAAAUUCCAGCUGCUCCGCCGCCUUUUUCCUAACUCCUUCGUCGCUGGUGCUUCUUCUCCCACCCGCAUUACCUGAAUUGCAAUGCCUCCGUCGUCGAACCCCUCCGUGAAUCUGAAACAACGGAUUUUCACGUGCCUCACCAAGCUUUCCGACCGGGAUACCCAGUCGCUCGCUGCUGCCGAGCUUGAGUCCAUUGCUCGGAACCUCGAUCCGAGCUCUCUGUCGGUUUUCCUCUCGUGCAUACACUCCACCGAUGCGUCGGAUAAGCCACCGGUUCGGAGACAAUGUGUGCACGUCUUGCAGGUCCUGUCUGAGACGCAUGGAAAUUCGCUGUCCCCUUAUCUUUCGAAAAUUCUUGGCAACAUAGUUCGUCGGUUCCGCGACCCGGAUUCGUCGGUUCGAUCCGCUUGUGUCAAUUCCGUUUCGGCAUUGUCGACUCACGUCACUAAGCAACCGCUUUCCUCUUUUCUAAAACCGUUAGCGGAGGCGCUGUUCACCGAGCAAGACCAUAAUUCGCAGAUGGCCGCGGCGCUUUGUUUGGCUUCUGCCAUUGAUGCCAUUUCGGAUCCGGAGCCGGCGAGAUUGAUGAAGCUCUUGCCCAGGUUUGAGAAGUUACUGAAGUGCGAGGGAUUUAAGGCAAAGCCGGCGCUGUUGACGCUGAUCGGAAGCGUUAUUGAGGUCGGUGCGGCAACCAGUCCGGGGGCUUUGACGAACUUGGUUCCUUGUAUGAUGGAAUUCUUGAGCAACAAAGAUUGGGCUGCAAGGAAGGCUGCGUCCGAGGCGUUGAUGAAGUUGGCGAUAGUGGAAAGGGAAAUGCUAUCAGAAUACAAGGCGAGAUGUUUGAACGUUUUCGAGAAUCGACGAUUCGAUAAGGUGAAGGUUGUUCGGGAAGUUAUGAAUCAGAUGCUGGAAGCGUGGAAGCAGAUACCUGAUGUUUCCGAUGAAUUUUCUCCACCUCCUCAAUCGCAAGCUUCUUCCAAAGAGAAUGCAAGUGAUGGGCGCUAUCCUCCAGUCGUGCAGAGUUCAUGCGCACCUGGUUCUGUUGUGUCGCCGUUUCGGAAAAAAUCCAUUCCAGCUAGCAGAUCUACGCCACCGGACAGCUAUACUGCUAGCAAAGCUAAGAAGAAUAGUCCCUUAAGUAGUAACAAGAGAAUGAACUCAAAUGUGCGGCGAAAGCUGAAUCAUAAGAACUGGGAUGUUCAAAUAACUGUGCCAAAUGCUCCCUCUGCGGCUUACCAGGGUGAUCCUGAGGAGAGGGACGCGUUUGUCAUGGAAAGAAGCAAAAAGGAGAAAACACGGUUUUCAAAGCCAGAACUGAAAAGGGCUCUUUUUCGUAAAAACACUGAUGAAAAUUUUCACAAGUUUGGUGGGUCAAAAACUGGAUCUCGUGUUGUUCCUUGCCAUGAAGACAACGAAGACUCAGUUGCUGUUAGUAAUGGUGUCAAAGAUCAAAACAAGAAUGACAAAGAGAGUGAAGAUUUAUCUUUGAUCCGCAACCAGUUAUCUGAAAUUGAAAAGCGGCAAUCAAGUUUGCUUGAUCUUCUGCAGAGAUUCAUCGGAAGCUCACAAAAUGGAAUGCAAUCUUUAGAGACUCGUGUUCAUGGCCUUGAGUUGGCACUAGAUGAGAUCUCCUAUGAUUUAGCUGUAUCAAGUGGAAGAAUGGCUGAUGCUGAUGCUCCUGGUAGGACUUGUUGCUUGCUGUCGGGUGCAGAAUUUUUAAGCUCCAAGUUCUGGAGGAAAACGCAGGGCCGGUAUUCAUCCUUCUCGAUCUCUAGAUCUGCCGGGACAUCAUCACUAGCUACCAUGCACCACGGAGCUGACAAGAAUUGCAGCAUUGAGAGAAAUCACAGAUUAAGGUUCCGUGGUGAUCGAGGUUUCAUCACUAAUCCUCUGGCAGAGAUUCAUUUGAACUCAAGGGGGACAUCAAAUAUUGCACACGAGUAAAACCGGUAGAUUCUCUUACCACUUCACGAAGCGUCUAUUUCUUCAAAGUCUCAUGCUUCUGUUGCUGCUAGAUGAGGCCCAUCUAGUCUUUAGGCACUAUUGCCCAUCCACUUACGAACAUGCCAAUGAGAUUAGCAACGCCGGUUAUUGCAACUCUUUUACAUAUGCGGUAUAAUUAUUCUGCACUACUAUCUAUCUGUUUUUGGCCGAAAUAUUACUCGAUAUGGACUGCUAUGUAGAUCUUUCAAUUCCGAAUCAGCUUGGUGGAAGAUCCCUUGAUCAAGGAGGCCUGAUGAUGAUCUACUCUUCAUAUUUAAACACGAGGUUGUUAUGAAGUAUCGCCAUGAAAAAUACUUGAUGGUGUCGUGUCACUGUUGAAGGGUCUAGGGACUUAGUAGUUAGUACAUGAAUUCACGUUACUGCAAAAUUUCUGGAGUAUUCGUUAGUAUUAUUGAUUCUUGGACAAGUCAGAUUGGAUGAAACCUAUCGCAAGAUACCCGCUUUCAGAGAGGGUUGAUGAGUCCAGUAUGCAGGACUGGCAGGCUGCUUAAUUUUUGUCCCCUUUAGUUAAUUACCACAUUAUAUUCCUGUUAUGUUAAAAAUGUUAACUAGAUGCACCUAUACAUUACAAUUUAAUAAUUUGAUAGCAAUGCCUGUUCUCUUCUCCUUGCA